ACGCGGAGAUUCGGUGACGUAGAGCGCAAUGUCGCGUGCGCUGCAUGCAAGGCCUGUCAGAGCUAGGAAGCGGUGUGUAUGCGGUCAGGUCAUGGUUUUUUCAGCCGAGCAACCACAUACUCGUUAGCUGUUUGCGUUAAAAGCUUCGUUUGCACGCAUUUACAUGUUCCGUGGAUAUUAAUAUAGAAGGGAAUAACUGGAGUUGAAUUCCCGGCAGGUACAUAGACGUGUGUUGUAUGAAUGAUCAGACAUCAGUUUGCCAGGACGUCACCAUGAAUAAAAACAAAAGGGAGAAGGAAUUCUACAGUAUAGAUGUGGGGGAUUCAACGUUCACAGUUCUGAAGCGUUAUCAGAACCUGAGGCCAAUCGGCUCGGGAGCACAGGGAAUAGUCUGUUCAGCAUAUGACCAACAUCUUGAAAGAAACGUAGCUAUUAAGAAACUUAGCCGGCCCUUUCAGAAUCAGACACAUGCCAAGCGAGCAUACAGAGAGCUGGUGCUAAUGAAGUGUGUCGACCAUAAAAAUAUUAUCGGCCUUUUAAAUGUAUUUACACCACAAAAAACGUUAGAAGAAUUUCAAGAUGUUUACCUUGUAAUGGAGCUGAUGGAUGCCAACCUUUGCCAAGUCAUUCAGAUGGAGCUUGACCACGAGCGGCUGUCCUAUCUGCUGUACCAGAUGCUGUGUGGAAUUAAACACCUCCAUGCGGCAGGGAUCAUCCACAGGGAUCUGAAACCUAGUAACAUAGUAGUCAAGUCAGACUGUACCCUAAAGAUCCUGGACUUUGGCUUGGCCCGGACAGCAGCCACUGGUUUGCUGAUGACACCAUAUGUGGUGACCCGCUACUACAGAGCCCCUGAAGUCAUCCUGGGAAUGGGAUAUCAAGCCAAUGUUGAUGUCUGGUCUGUUGGCUGUAUCAUGGCUGAAAUGGUCAGAGGUAGUGUGUUGUUUCCAGGCACUGAUCAUAUUGAUCAGUGGAACAAAGUCAUUGAGCAGCUGGGGACCCCAUCCCAAGAGUUCCUAAUGAAACUCAAUCAGUCUGUAAGGACAUAUGUGGAGAACCGGCCUCGCUAUGCCGGAUACAGCUUUGAGAAGCUUUUCCCUGAUGUUCUUUUCCCUGCUGAUUCAGAUCACAACAAACUCAAAGCGAGCCAGGCUCGAGACCUGCUUUCCAAAAUGCUAGUUAUAGAUGCAUCCAAGCGCAUCUCGGUAGACGAGGCUCUACAGCACCCCUACAUUAACGUGUGGUAUGAUCCAGCUGAGGUUGAGGCUCCCCCUCCAAUGAUCACUGACAAGCAGUUGGAUGAAAGGGAGCACACAGUGGAGGAGUGGAAAGAGUUGAUUUAUAAGGAAGUGCUGGACUGGGAGGACAGGAUGAAGAACAGUGUGAUCCGUGGCCAGCCACCUCCUCUAGGUGGAGCAGUAGUCAAUGGCUCGCCUCAGGCUUCCUCUUCCUCCUCCAUCAACGAUGUGUCCUCCAUGUCUACAGAACCCACCAUGGCGUCAGACACAGACAGCAGUCUGGAGGCCACAGCCGGAGCGCUGAGCUGCUGCAGAUGACUAUCACCUUCCCCUGGAGCAUCGCUGUGUGUCGCAUGGUAUCAGAUUUAGGCCAGUCAGUUUUGCUUUUCUUAAUGCUUGUCCUUUUAAAGGCCUUUUUUUUAUCUAUAUUUGUAUUGGGUAAAGAAGGUUUGCAAUGCAAAGGCAAUGUAAAUACACAUGGAGUUAUAAGUGUGUAUGGGUUGGUGUUAUUUGCUUCCUCCCUAAAUACUGCAAUAUUCCAUCGUCAUUUAUUCUCCCAUCAAGAAGCUCCAGCAGCACCUAACUACUGAAUGUGAGUACUUUUAACAUGCUCACUGAAUUCUUCCUUUAAAAUAACAUAUUGGUGUAGAAUGUAAAGACUAAAUUGUAAAUAUAUAUUUUUAUUUAUUUUAUUUUACUUUAUAUAUGUGUGUGGGUUUUAUGUUUGAGUGGAUAUAUCUGGGGCUACAAGCUUCCUUAUACUAUUUUGAUCCUUAGGUAGUGGAUGUAAAAUAUUAAAUAGUGCAUAAACUGCUAUCAGUGGAGUAUAACUAUUUAAUUUCCGUUGUUUUGAGAUGGUUUCAUCUACUUGGUGGUUUCUACAGCUCUGACCCAGAAUUUGUUUCUUUUAUUUGUACAUUUUUGUUUUUUGUUUUUUUUUAGAGCAAAAUUGUUUAUGGCAUCCGGAGCUACUUCAUGUAUACAGUACGAAGGUUAUAACGAGGCUGCAUGGAUCCUUAGUUUGGCCUUUGCUCUGCAAUUUCUUUUUUCUUUUUGAUUGUGGCAGAGAAUGACACUGAGAUAUUAUGGCUUUCAGAAUCAUUAUUCCCAAUUUUGGUACCAGAUUUGAACUGUAAUUCACAUUUGACAUUUACUGGAUAUUUAAUCCAGUUUAAACAGUAUUAAAGGUAGUUCUCUUAUACUUGAAAUGCUGUCCUGCAUUGAAUGUGGAGUAGGUCAUUGUGAAUCAAGGAAAGUAUUCUCAUUUUUGUAUGCAAAAUCUAUUUAUAGUUCAUGACGUCUGCUGAUUAUUUUUGUGAAAUGUAACAAAAAAUAUUUCAAUGUUCUUUAAAGGUAUUUUUAUUUAUAUUUUUGGAAAUGAUGGAAAGGUUUGUAAUGACCGGUGCUGUAAAAAUAAGUGUGUAGUGUAUUAAGUAUGUCAGUUGCAUUAGCUGCUUCUGUACUGCAUUACAGAAGUGUUUUACAUUAAUUGCUGAACGUUUGAGCUGUGUGUGGGAAUUUCUUCUUCUUUCCUAAAGAAUUUUUAUUUCUUCUUUAAGAAAAAUAAGUUGUCUAUGAAUUAAUGGUUAUGAAUGUUAGUGAGACGUUUAGUCCGUUUUCUUUCUAAAAAGAAAACCCUUGAAACAGGUUUUGGGUUUACAUCAUUUCUAAUUUUAAGUGCUCUUAUGACUGUGAUGAUAACUCUAAAUGACCCAUUGGAAAUUCUUAACUGUUAUAGUUUAACCUGGAAAUAAAUUGGAAUUUGCACAAAAGCAUGUAUUACAUUAACAGGGGACAGAGCAGGAUCAGCUUCAGUAGAAUUUGAACUACCUCACGCUUAACAUUUUAGUUUCUCAUGAAUGUGAAUUUUAGCAUUAGUGUUUGUUUGUUUAUUUAUUUAUUACAAAAGUCAUCAUUGUUACAAUGAUAGCUGGGAGUAUAUAGAUUUGUGUGAAUGAUUAUGUAUGUAGUAUGUAACACCGUGUCGUUUUAAAUUGACGAGUGAUUUGCUACCACGACCCUCAUUAGGAUAAAGUGGAACUGAGUAUGAUUUGCUCUCUCUCGUUUUGUUCGUUCAUGUAGAACACUAUUUCAUAUCCUUCCCUAUAAGUAAUGAGAAUCCUGUCAUUUACAUUUUUCUUUCUGAGAUGGAGUUUAAAGUUGUUGUGGGCCAUGUAGUUCUUUUUACUGAUAACCCAGUCUGAACCUUAUACUGUAUAUGAGCCCACUUCAUUAAACUUUCCCAUUUGAUCUGGA